GCAGCGUGCUCCAGUCGAAGAUGCGAUUGAGGCUUAACGGAUAGGGAGAGAGGAGGAACAGGGAGAGAGACUGAAUAAGAAACGGAGAGAGCGAGAGAUGUAGGAGAGAAUCCAUGAGAGACCUGUACCGCAUUACACGAAAGGAGAGAGCACAGACACACACUCUCUCAUACACAGCAUACGCUACUGCAGAGCUGACACACAUCGCGGAGAGGAGGAGAAGAAACAGCGAUAUCUCUACUGUCACGGCACAGUGUGGUGCUUCACUGAAAGCCCUGGAGCUGAAUGGAGAGAGGGCAGCCCUCCAGACCCUCCAGCAGAGCGCCCAGCUGCCCAGCUGCCCAGCAGCCCCACCUAAGGCUCUCCACUCUGGGCUCAGCCCGUUGACCUGUCACCUGCUGCCCUGGAGGUCUGAGCAGUUAGCGUUUCAAUCAGCAAGGACAUAGAGGGUUUCGUCGACACAUUGACGUCAGAGACGUAUCAGGAAUUGCGACUGGAGAGGAGAAACAGAGGGGAGAGAUGUUGGUGCAGGGGGGGCCUUGGGCCCUGUCUGUCAUAUCACUGGUCCUGCUGCUGUGGCAAGAAUUGUCUGCUAUCGAUGUUCCUCUCGAUUCAAAGAUCCAGCAGGACCUGAAGCAGCCUCCCACCAUUAUGAAACAGUCGUUGAAGGACUACAUUGUUGAUCCCAGAGAUAACAUCAUCAUUGAGUGUGAGGCCAAGGGGAACCCCGUGCCAACGUUCUCAUGGCGACGGAACGGGAAGUUCUUCAAUGUGGGGAAGGAUCCGCGGGUGACGAUGCGGAAGCGCUCAGGAACGCUGGAAAUCAGCUUCCGGAGCGGAGGGAGGCCUGAGGACUACGAGGGGGAAUACCAGUGUUUUGCCUCCAACGACUUUGGAACGGCGCUGACCAACAAGAUCCUACUACGAGUGUCCAAGUCUCCUCUGUGGCCUAAGGAGGUGUUGGAGCCAGUGGUAGUGGGUGAGGGAUCUCCCCUGGUCCUGGCCUGUAACCCUCCUCCUGGUCUGCCCCCUCCGCUCACCUUCUGGAUGGAUAGCGCCAUGAUGCCUAUAACCCAGGACAAGCGUGUGUCCAUGGGUCUGAAUGGAGACCUGUAUUUCUCUAAUGUGCUGGCUAAAGACUCCCACACAGACUACAGCUGCAACGCCCGAUUCCUCUUCACACACACUAUCCAGCAGAAGAACCCCUUCACACUCAAAGUGCAGACCAAGGAGCCGUAUAAUGACACUUCCUCUGUCAACUCCACUGACCCGUACGGUGGUCGUAAGGUAGCAGAGACCACCCCUAACUUCCUCUCCCCCACGGGGACUGACAGCUCGAGGAUGGUGAUGAGAGGAGAAAAGCUAAAGCUGGAGUGUAUCGCUUCCGGAGUUCCAACUCCCAGUAUAAAGUGGUUUAAGAAGGGGGGAGACCUGAACCAGAAGGUGAAACUAGACAACUUCAAUAAGACUCUGCGCAUCGACAGUGUGUCAGAGGAGGACGCAGGGGAGUACAUGUGUAUGGCCAACAAUCAGAUAGGAAGCAUCCGACACUCCAUCUACGUCCAGGUUAAAGCGGCUCCCUAUUGGCUGGACCAGCCGUCCAAUCUGGUGCUAGCACCGGAUGAGAACGGUCGUCUGGUGUGUCGGGCCAAUGGAAACCCCAAACCUCACAUUCAGUGGCUGGUCAACGGAGGGCCGAUCGACAGCAAUAGCUCCUUGCCCAACCCUAGCAGAACGGUGGCAGGUGACACCAUCAUGUUCCGCUCCGUUCAGAUCGGCAGCAGCGCUGUGUACCAGUGUAAUGCAUCCAAUGACCAUGGUUACUUGCUGGCCAACGCAUUCAUUAGCAUUCUGGACAUGGCCCCCAGAAUGCUGGGUCCGAAGAACCAGCUGAUAAAGGUGAUAGAGAACAACAGAACCUUCCUGGACUGUCCCUAUUUUGGCUCGCCACUUCCUGAGCUACGCUGGUUUAAGAAUGGUCAAGGAAGUGGUCUGGACGGUGGUCACUAUCGGGUCUACAUCAACGGGACCCUAGAGAUCAAGCGUGCACGGGCUGAGGACCAGGGGACCUAUACCUGCGUGGCCAGCAACAUCCUGGGCAAGGAGGAGAACCAGGUCCGCCUGGAGGUCAAAGAGCCGACACGUAUUGUCAGGGCUCCAGAGCACCAGUCAGCCAUCAGAGGCACCAUGGCUCGUUUCGACUGCCGGGUCAAAUCAGACCUCACCCUGCCCAUCACUGUUACCUGGCUGAAGGAUGACAAGCCUCUCUCCCUGGGAUCGAGGUUGAAGAAGGAUGAGGAUUCUCUGUCCAUCCCCAAUGUCCAUGAGGGAGAUGAGGGAACAUACACCUGCACUGUUAAAACAGAGAUUGACCAAGACACUGCCUCGGCACGCCUUACUGUGUCAGAGGACGCCUCCCUGUCUAGUGUCUUGCCUACAGACCGUCCUGACUCUCCCACGGACCUGGAGCUGUCUGACGCUAAAGAACGCAACAUACGACUCACCUGGAUACAUGGAGAUGAUCACAACAGCCCCGUCACAUUGUUCGUGGUUCAGUUUGAGGAGGACCGUUGGGAGUCAGGCAAGUGGCAGAACCUGUCUAGUUAUCCCGGAGACUUCAACACUGUCAUCCUGGAGCUCUCUCCUUUCGUCAACUACCAGUUCAGAGUCAUCGCUGUCAAUUCUGUGGGCCAGAGCCUCCCCAGCCUUCCCUCGCAACGAUACCAGACCAGCGGAGCCCCUCCAGAUGUUAUCCCUAGAGGCCUGAAAGGCUGGGGCACCAAGAAGAACAACAUGGAGAUCAGCUGGGAGCCCUUGUUGGACACAGAGCGAAACGGCCCUAACCUGCACUACUCGGUGUGGUGGCGACGUAAGGACACGGGGGAGGAAUGGAGUAAUGUGACUACAGUGGGUGCAAAGCACAUUGUCCACGACACAGAGACCUACGUACCCUAUGAGAUCAAACUGCGGGCUGUGAAUGACUUUGGACCGGGAGGCGAGUCCAAUAUCAUCAUAGGAUACUCUGGGGAGGACAAGCCCACAGCCCCUCCCACUGACCUGCGAGUGUCUAAGAUUGACAGCACCAAGGUCAAUGUCCACUGGACCCCAGUAGAUCCCAGCACUGUAUUGGGAGAGUUCAAGGAGUACAGGGUGUACUACUGGCGUGAGGGCAGCAUGGUGAAAGGUCUGCGUGUGAAUAAAGAGAAGAAGACUAAAGGGUUCUACAGUACCGUGGCCCAGCCUACUGGCAUACUGACAGACCUACAGCCAUACAGCCACUACCGCAUAUACAUGGUGGUCGCCAACAAUCGCUACGAGGGACCGCCUAGCAACCAUGUGGAGUUCCGUACCAAGGAAGGAGUGCCAGAAGCUCCUAAGUUCUUUAAGAUCAUCCAGCGGAGUACAGAUGUUAUCCACCUGGAGUGGGACAAACCCCUGGAGCCUAACGGCAUUCUGAUUGGAUAUAAACUCAACUACCAGACAGUGAACGGGUCGCGUGUAGGCCUUAUGCAGAUGCAGAGUUUCCUACCUAACGUGACAACGUACACACUCCGCCUGCCCGAACGAGCCAUCCGCUAUAAGUUCUACCUGGCGGCCCUCACACAGGUGGGAGCAGGGGAGGUCUAUGCUGAGGAGUCUCCACACUUCACCAAUGAGGAAGACUUUUUCAGCUCAGUCGAGCCUACAGAUGUGUCCGUGUCUACAACUUUCCCUCCACCUCCUCCCACUACUACCGCUGCUACUACAACCAUUAGUACCUCAACUACUACUCCCCCUACCACUACUACCACUACUACCACUACUACCACUACUACUACUACCACUACUGCUGCGACUACUGCUACCACUCCUGUGCUGGUUACCAGCACCAAGCAAGCACAUACGAAUGUGUUGGUAGGCAUGGCUCCUGGGAGUGUGAUCUGGAACCUGACGGUGGAGCCUAACAGUAACUACGCUAACGUCAGCUGGAACCACAACUUCCCGGCCGGCAGCAGCGAGUUCCAGCUAGAGUUCACACUGGACAGCAACGGCAGUAUGUCAAGCGUACCUGUGAACCAGCCGCCCAUUAAGCUGGCGGGACUGAUCGAAGGGGCCAAGUACCACCUGAGGGUGUACUCCAACGAAUACCACAGCAUCUCCAGCAAUGUUGUCACCUUUGAGACCAGUGCAGCCUACAGUAAAGACCAGGUGGACAUUGCUACCCAGGGCUGGUUCAUCGGGCUGAUGUGUGCAAUUGCUCUCAUCAUCCUCAUCCUCCUCAUCGUCUGCUUCAUCAAGAGGAGUCGCGGAGGCAAAUACCCAGUGCGCGAGAAAAAAGAUCUCCCUCUGGAUGCAGUGGAUCAGAAAGGAGAGGAUGGAUCAUUUGACUACCACAGCGACGAGGACAACAAGCCUCUGCAGGGCAGCCAGAACUCUCUGGACGGCGGGGUGAAGGAGAGUGACGACAGCCUGGUAGACUACGGCGAGGGAGGGGAUGGCCAGUUCAACGAGGACGGCUCCUUCAUUGGCCAGUACACAGUCAAGAAGGACAAGGACGAAACAGAGGGCAAUGAAAGCUCAGAGGCCACCUCACCCGUUAACGCCAUCUACUCGCUGGCAUAACCCCCCCGCCCGCCACGGCCUGGGGAUCUGAGGAGCUCCCCUUAGCGGUCGGAGGGUGCUAUUACCACCACUACUACUACCACACACACACAAACACAGAUAUGAAUAUGAAUAUAUAUAUAUAUGAAUCUAUAAAAACACGUAUACACACGUAAACACACAGCACCUGCCUGGAAACUGUUUGUCCUCUUUAAGCGGACGGAGAAACCAUUCCCCUGAGAAAUAAGGGGGUGCGAAUGGAAUGGAAUGGAAGCUACCAUAUACAGUGAGCCAAGCCUUUAUUGUCAGCUCCAGAAAAUGGCUUGCCGAGGCAAAGUUUGGGAAUCUUGAACAGUACCAGUUUCUCUAUGCUCCUCCUCCUCCUGCCCAUCACACAGACUUGAGUGUGCCUAAAGGGCUGACCUCAACUACAGAGGACUAAGAGGCAACGCAGAGGUUUUCAAGCAUUUUGUUGUGGCACUAGAGCUUUUUUUGUUUUCAACGUCCUCAGCUUUUCCCGCAAUCCCCCUCUUCGUCCCACACAUAUCACGCCCCCUGUGUCUUUACCCAGCAUUCCUAGGGAAGGAGACACAGACGCUCCUCCUGUGAACAUAUCAGCUACGGACCACCAACAUAGCAGGAUGUCGGCAGAUAUGUUUAUCAUAUUGAUAUUUCCGCAAAGAGAGAUAAUUCUGGUACAAUAGACGAGUCAUUAGAAUAUAUUAAUGCUGUAAACACUGCUAGCUCACCUUCUAGUGCGCUGCAAAACUAUGCACUACCACCAUCUCAUGUUUUUGGGUAAAGUCUGGUUAUGAAUUCAAUUUUUUUUUUGUGUGUGUUGAUUCUCACAGGUUUAAAGAAGAAUAACUUGCUGAAUUAAAUGGUGUCGUUCCCUCCCCAUCCCGCUGUGGUAAAUGUACUUCUGAUUCACCUCCAAUCUCAAGUCGUGUGGAGAUAUUCAAAAUGGCCACAGCUAUAGCAAUGCCAUUCCUGCCUCAAGCUUUGUUAUGGUACAAGCCUAUACUAUGUCAGUUAUAAAUGACAUUUGAAGAAAAAAAUGUUUUCAAGCAUGGUAGUACUUUAGUGCAAGAGACAAAGGAAAAGUAGCAUGGAGAGGAGGUUUGCUCUGCUUGGUAAACUGCUGUAGACUGUCUGUCCAUCUCUAUGGUGAAUGGUGCUCCAAGGAGGUGACUCACUUCUUGUUUACUUCCUGUUUAGCAUGGCUGUGAUCCUUAGGCUAGGCUUGAUCGGCACCUCUUUUGUCUGCUUCUUUUAUAACUGGUCUCGUUAUGGGACAGGCAGAAUCUGUAGUGGCAUGUCUUCACCUUCAAACUUCUAGAAAUGAUUUGGAAUUAUAAUUGACUCCUGAAGUCAAAACGAAACGAAAUACCGCUACAAAACAUAUUCAAUGUCUUUGAAUAUAGGAUACAGACAACUCUGUGAAGGUAAUGAACGUCCCUGCAGAUUCCACCUGGCCCUUGUCAUCAUUGUCAUACGAAGUCAGUAUGUCAAGGAAGUGUGAAGAAGUUAGAACACAUCGAUACUAAUACAUUGGUGGACCUCCAUUUUACCAUUUGAUCCUUUCAAUAGUAGAACUCAUUCAUGAGUCUUCCUUGAUGUUUCACCUCUUGAAGCGGUAGAAAGCUCAACUCCCACUUUUACAACCUAUCGCAACAGCGUUACUAAGGUCUUUCACGUUAAAUCAAAUAGAUCUUAGCUAUAAAAAAAAGACAAUUAGCUAACAGAGGUCACAUUGUAUUUCAGAUGACUAUUUUAUAUUUUAAUUUAUUACAUUAUGUCGAUAGUGUUAAUUAAUAUAUUAGUAAUUCACUCAUUAAUUGUUGAAUACACAUUUUUGACCAACUGAAUUAAUGGUAUCACAUCAGAGCCCACUCUGAAAGCCACGAUAAAAAACUUAACGGGAUUUGUUAUUGUACAUAAGAAAAGGAAAUUCUGCUGUAUGACUCAUCUUUUGUUGCUAUGGGUAUUCUUCUGUAAACUAACAACAUUGACUGUCACCAUUAAAAAUGUUGUGUCGAUCUAUUCAUUGUGCUGCUCUUCAUGUUGAGUAUUCAUGUUUGUAUUACUGUUAAUAUUCCAUGUUGGUAUUAGAAUUUAUUUAAUAUAACUUUAACUUAACACAGAAAUGUAACAUUGCUUAUUUGUUUGACAUACUGUAACUGUGCGUACACGUAAGUUCUGAAACAAUAUGUCUUUGUAAAUAUCUAUCAGAAAAACUGCUUUAUGAGUAAAGAAAUAGUCACAAGUCUGUAUCCACCAAGCAAAUGUACCUGGUGCAUCCCAAGAAUGAUGUCAUGUGGACCUUUGCAAUGUAGCUUUGAUUACGAUUGGGGACUCAAAAUGACUCAAUUGAUGUUGUCCCUAAAAACUUGCUUUGAAAUUGUAAUAUAUGGCUUGUGACUUGUCUAUCGGUCCGUCACUUUUCUGAUUAUCACUAAUUCAAAAGAAACAGUUGAGAAAUAACACUAUGUUGUGGAACAGGUAUAAAGUAGUCAGCCACAUUAUGGUGUAAAUAAAAAGUGCUAAUGAAAUGUGUUGUUGUAGCAUACUGCACACACCUGUUCAAUAGGUAUGAAAAAAAAGCAUUUGCUGAGGUAACGGAUAGCCGAUUUUCCCCUAUUUUGUUUGUUUCUGUAUUGUCGUCUCUUAAUAAGGCAACCCCAGACUUUCUCAAGGCUGCACAGACUCAUUCUCCCAUCAUGCCAUUCACCUAACAUGCCUGCUGCUCCACUCCUCUUGGUGACAGCCCAGUGGCUGGUGGCCAUUUUGAAAGGGACAGAUUUGGUUGUGUGCUUCACUUAUUUAAAGAGAUGUCUUGUGUUCUGCCUUCCUCCUCAUCUUAGACUUUUAAAAAAUGUAAUAUACUGUAUGGCCAUCAACAUCCUCUGUGAUCUGGUCCUCUUUAAACCUUCUUUCUCCAGUAUGUCAAAGCAAGUUUUGACCCAUUUUGUUUUUCAUGUUGUUUCUUUGUGGUAAAGUUCACCGUGACCACCGGGUAGUGACUACAUUAGCCUACCAUGCACAGACACCUGACCACUGUAUUAACAUGAGGACACAGGAGGCCAGGAGUGCUGGCAGAGACACAAUACAGUGCCUUUCCUGUUGCUAUAUGCUCUCCUCAACAAGACAAAGUGCACAGAGAAACAGUCCAAUCACGAACCUCCAACAACCCUUAAAAACGACUGAAUCACAGAAUGUUCGAUGACGGAUUUGGCCUUGAACUCACCGUUGUUUGAGUUCUGUACAAGCCCUUUCCCCUGAUAGCCUUUCUCCUUUCCCCGUAUGGAUCCGUAAGGGGUAAUUAGUGAACUGGCUAGAAAACAGAAAAUAUAAUAAUGCAUAUUUGCUGAUACACAGUGCUUUCUUCUGUAUUUUUAUUUUAUUUGUUUGAGCACGUUUACUGGAGGUGCAUAAGGAGUAGUGUUUUUUUGUUCCGUUUGUAAUGUGUGUAUCAUCGACACGACUCCUCCCUUAGAAUAGCAAAUAACUUUUCAACUAUCAAGGGGUAACAAAAAUGUAAAAGUAUCAAUGUGCAUUUUCACAGCUUUGAGUUCACUUGAUUUUUAGAUUCUGCAAAACUGCGGUUUUAUUCUUCAACGAGAUGCCCCUAACAAUUAUAAAAUUGCCGCAUGUAUUGUUAUUGUUCAUGUUCUUGUUAUUUGAAAUUAUUUUAAUUUCUGCUUUUUCUUUUACAAUUAUAAGUGUAUCAAAGCAGCUCGUCCGUCAAGCCUCGACUCGCAAAAGAACAGCUUUUGUAACGUACAUCUAAUCAACGGAGAAAUGGCAUAUUAAUAUAUUCACAAUGUAUGCGUGUAUGAUGAGAUGUUGCAACUUCGGCUAGAAACGCCUUCUUUAUAGUAAAGCAUUCUCUUUUUCUCUAAA